AAAAUCACCGGGGAAUAUCCGCUGUGCAGUUACUGCAAUUUUCACCACGCUCGCCGGUGUUUCAUAAGAAAAUUUGGGAACUUGAGAGAAAUACUUGACAACUUAAAAUUAUAAAGUAUUAUUUCAGAAUGUGGUAAAGAACUGUGUAUUUACUGUUUAUGAUGAAUAUUGGACACGGUGAUAGCCGUUAUGGCGAAGACAUGUCUUCAAAUAAUUCAGCUUAUGGUGUUCCAGUGAAUCCAAAUACUUCUGCAUUGUCACCAUACUUAAGUAUUGAUCCAUCUUAUUUACAACAGGGGGGUGCAGAGUUUGUUUUCCCAACAGACCACAAAAAAACGCGUACAUGGGGUGAGCGCAUGUUCUCAGGCAUUGGUUCAUCCUACCUGACCGGUUUAGUUGCUGGUGGAAGCUGGGGAUUAUAUGAAGGUCUUAGGAAUCCAGAUGGUAGAACUUUCAAAUUAAGAAUGAACAGUGUCCUUAAUGGCUGUACUAGAAGGGGUCCAUUUGUAGCCAAUAGUUUGGGGGUCCUUGCUUUAAUGUACUCAACAUUAGAUUAUGGUAUUGGCAAGUUACGUGACAAGGAAGAUGAAUAUAAUUCAAUUGCAGCUGCCAUCUCUACUGGAUUAAUUUUUAAAUCAACAGCUGGCAUUCGAGCUAUGGGUAUUGCUGCAGCUGUUGGAGGCAGUUUGGCAACAGUAUAUAACCUCAGUGAGAAGUUUACAUAUGGUAAAGGAAGCAAUGUCAUUUCAUCUCCUGGUUGGGCCUAGUUCUCCAUCUCCUACACAUUAUUGAACAUUUGUUUUAAGAUGAGCGAUAAGUUUUUUUACUUUCAAUUAAAGUAGAAUUCACACCAGCAAUAUAGCAAUGCAGCUACGGACAGUGGAUUAUAUUGUUGUAUUAAAAAUAAUAAAUAAAUGUAAUUUCAUUGAAAAAAA